AUGCUACUUUCCAGCGGCAUCAUCCCCCUUGCGCCUGGCGAGCCUGGCGCUGUGCCAUCGCCAGCGUUCUUCGUCCGCUUCCCAGAAGACACUUGGAUUAAGCUCGCCGCCGCUGCAGCCGAUGGCAGCCCUGUCACCUUUACAGUUGACGGGGGUAUCAGCCUUAACCUUCCUGACCAAGAUCCAAUCCCCCUCGACGCCCACAACACCGGCGCCUCUAGCGAGCUCUACUCCCACAUCCAUGGGCAGCUCGAGCCAGCAGGGACCGUGGCUGGUCGCCUCUCGGUUCCGUUCACGACAGGCGCGACAUUUCGCGCGGCCGAGAAGAUGGCGCAGAAGAACGUCGCAUUGGAGCGCCAGCGUGCACAGCGCGCCGAGCGUGUGACUGGCAAGCCUGUCGUCGCGAGCUCAUAUGCGGCGCGCCAGGUCGAGGCGUCCAACUUUCACGCUUCUCCUGCUCCUACUCCUAUGGCGCGCACACAGAGCGGGCCGGCCGCGAUGACGAUUGAGCGCAUCCCGCUCAAGACUCGUGUGGUGCAACAUCUCGCCCUUGGGCCUUCAACGAUGCAAGAGAUCUUCGACUACGUCGGCGGCGAGAUGCCCGACAUUCUUCGGACCGUCAAUGUUAUUGGCGAGAGCUGUGGCGGAGAACCGGCCAAGUACAAGCUGCGUCCUGCGCAGUAUGCCAAGAUCAAGAUUCCUGACUGGAAGUACACCUACGACGAGGUCGUUACAGUCGUUUCCCUGGCGCGAAAGGCGUUUGACGAUCUAAAACUGCCAUCAGAUGACUGGGCGCGUACCGAGUUGGACAAGAAGGAGAAGGAGGCACUCGCGACUGCUCCGCGCGAGCGGUCGCCACCUGAGAUGAAGCUCCCUCCCAAGCUUGUCUCGCCUGUGAAGCCUGUGCUUGUCUCUCCACCCAAGCCUGUUUCGUCCCUUCCCACUAGCCGCGCCGAGUCGCCCGCACCAGGUGCUUUGACGACCAAGAAGCCAGCCAAGGACAAUGCACCACGCACCAAGGUCGGCAAGCAGAUCGCGAAGAUGCGUAGUGAGCUUGUUGCCAAGCGCGCAUCGAGCUUGCCGAAUCCGAAGGGCGUGGACGGCACCGCGAGCCCGCGCAUCGGGCCCACGAGCCCCGAGGAUACGUCGCCGAAAACGGAGCCUUCGCCACCCAAGGCUCCGAAGGCGGUGAAGGAGAAGCCACCAUCGAAGGAGGUGAAGAAGUCGAAAUCCCCGCCCGACGCAAAAAAACCGCUUGUCAAGGACCGCAAGGCGAGCGGCAAGCGCGCCCGCGAUUACACGAGCUCAGAAGACAGCGAUAGCGAUGACAAUCGCGGGCGCGGGCGCGGGCGCGCGGUCAAGCCAACGACGAACGGGAAGAAGGCGAACGGAAAUGGGAUUGCCAAGAAGCGACCGUCGCCCGAGUACACUUCGUCGGAGGACGAGCGACCGAAGCGGAAGCGCGUGGAGAAGGACAAGGGACGCGAAGACGAGCGGGCGCUGCCUAGCUUCAAGCGCCGCGUGCCGACGCCGCUGGACCUCGAGCGCGAGAAGAAGGCCAAUGGGCACGCCACGCCCGACCGCUCACCACGUACGCCCGUCACUACAAAUCCCGAUGCGCGCACGCUGCGUCGUCGCUACGACGAGCUGUACCCGCAGUACGAGAAGGUGGUUGCCAAGCUCGCAGACCAGCACCAGGUGGCUGAACGCGUGCGGGCAGGGGACGAGCCACCCAGCGCACUCAUGCCUGAGGCAGACGUCACGCGCACCGUUGAGAAAUACAACGUCCUGCACCGCGAGCUCGAGGAUAUUCGCAGCUGGUUCUCAUAG